ACCGCGGAGCAUUCGACUGAGGGACCGGAUCAAUUCGAUAUCCUCGCUGCCUUCGUCUUCUCGUCGCCGCCGCUCGAAAUCGAUCGAUCGAUCGACUCAGGCUGAAAGGGAGAGAUGGGUUUUCUGUUACACGCCCUCCGCCGUUCAUCGCUCCGAUCCCACUUCUCUCACCCUACCCCUACCGCCCUGCGAUGGAUCUCCUCCUCCGCCGCCCUCCGGAAGCCGGAAUCUGCCGCGCCCGCCACCAACGAGCCGGCUGACUUGCCGCCUCGGACCCCUGUCGGGGGCGCCAGGUUUCACCUCGACAACCCCGAAGACGCCAUGGAAGUCUUUGUCGACGGGUACCCCGUCAAGAUCCCCAAGGGGAUGACCGUCCUCCAAGCCUGCGAGGUCGCGGGCGUCGACAUCCCUCGGUUUUGCUACCAUAGCCGACUCUCCAUCGCGGGCAACUGCCGCAUGUGCCUCGUUGAGGUUGAGAAGUCCCCCAAGCCUGUCGCCUCCUGCGCCAUGCCCGCCCUCCCAGGGAUGAAGAUUAAGACUAACACGCCGGUGGCUAAGAAGGCUAGAGAAGGAGUGAUGGAAUUCCUCUUGAUGAACCACCCACUAGACUGCCCGAUCUGCGAUCAGGGAGGCGAGUGUGACCUUCAGGAUCAGUCGAUGGCUUUCGGAGCGGACCGUGGACGAUUCACAGAGAUGAAGAGGUCUGUAGUCGAUAAGAAUCUGGGGCCGCUUGUAAAGACAGUGAUGACCCGAUGCAUCCAAUGCACAAGAUGCGUGAGAUUUGCUACUGAGGUGGCUGGUGUUCAGGACCUGGGAAUGUUAGGUCGUGGUAGUGGAGAGGAAAUUGGGACUUAUGUUGAGAAACUCAUGACAAGCGAGCUAUCAGGCAAUGUGAUAGAUAUCUGCCCUGUUGGAGCUCUGACUUCUAAACCUUUUGCUUUUAAAGCUAGAAACUGGGAGUUAAAGGGUACAGAGACUAUUGAUGUUACUGAUGCUGUUGGGUCAAACAUAAGAAUUGAUAGUAGGGGUCUAGAAGUUAUGCGAAUUGUUCCACGCCUGAAUGAGGAUAUUAACGAGGAGUGGAUAUCAGACAAAACACGCUUCUGUUAUGAUGGUCUCAAAAGGCAAAGGCUAAAUGAUCCUAUGAUUCGUGGUGCUGAUGGACGAUUCAAGGCGGUGACUUGGCGAGAUGCACUGGCAGUUGUUGCUGAAGUCCUCCAACGAGUUAAACCUGCCGAAAUUGUUGGAAUUACAGGUCAACUUUCUGAUGCAGAAUCUAUGAUGGCACUGAAAGACUUUUUAAACAGAUUGGGAUCGGAGGAAGUGGCAUGUGAAGGAAAUGGUGUGAAUCCUAUUGCAGAUUUACGUCCUAGUUACCUUAUGAACACACAUAUUGCUGGUCUUGAAAAUGCAGAUGCUUUCCUGUUGGUUGGCACUCAGCCUAGAGUAGAAGCCCCAUUGAUAAAUGCAAGAAUCAGGAAGACUGUGCGAGCAAAUCAAGCAAAAGUGGCCUACGUUGGUCCUCCAUCUGACUUUAACUAUGAUCACCAACAUAUUGGCACAUGCCCCAAAACACUGCUUGAGAUUGCCGAAGGCCGCCACCCUUUCUGCUCAACCCUGAAAUCUGCAAAGAACCCUGUUAUCAUACUGGGUGCUGGAAUUUUCAAUAGGAAAGACAAGGAUGCCAUCUUUUCCAAAGUUGAGUCCAUAGCAAAGACUUUUAAUGUCGUUAGACCAGACUGGAACGGCUUCAAUGUCUUGUUGCUUAAUGCCGCACAGGCUGCUUCACUGGACCUUGGUCUUGUUGGCAGCCCCGCCGAAAGCAUCCAAUCGGCUAAGUUUCUUUACUUGAUGGGGGCGGACGAUGUGAACUUGGAAAAGCUCCCAAAUGAUGCAUUUGUAGUUUACCAGGGUCAUCACGGCGAUAAGAGCGUUUACAGAGCUAAUGUUAUUUUACCUUCUUCUGCAUUCAGUGAGAAAGAAGGGACUUACGAGAACACAGAGGGUUGCACUCAAUGGACAGUUCCUGCAGUCUCCACAGUCGGUGAAGCAAGAGAUGAUUGGAAGAUCAUUAGGGCACUCUCCGAGGUGGCUGGCGUUCGUCUGCCUUAUGAUAACCUUCAAGGCAUCCGAGCUCGGAUAAGGACGGUGGCGCCGAAUCUGCUCCAGGUGGAUGAGAGAGAGUCAUCCUCUGUGUCUUUUGACAUCAAACCAGACUGCAAAGAUCAGGUGAGCUUCGAGCCAUUUAAACCCGCGGUCGACAACUUCUACAUGACAAAUUCAAUAACCCGGGCAUCGAAGAUAAUGGCUCAAUGCAGCUCGGUACUUAUGAAGGCAUGAGGUUCUUCUCUAAACAUCAUCUAUUGGUGCUGGUGUAAUUUAUUUAUUUUUACCCCUUUUGUUGAAGCUAGGAUUUACUCAUAAAUGGCAGUAAUUAUGCCUAAUCUUUCUUUGGUCUGAGAACCAAAGCUAACUUCUUCAACGUGGAUCAUUUAUCAUUCCUCGUGGUUUGGGUAAAUAUUCUUCUGUUGGAUAUUCUGUUGUGUUUACUCUCAAUGAAUUGGAAGUGCAGGAAAAUCA